AUGAAACAGGUUCCUAUUGUAUAUUUUUUUCAGAAUGAACCAAAGACACAAUUUAUGUUCUUUUUCUAAGGAGAGGAACUUGUUGUUAAAAAUAUAUUACAGCAAUUUCCUUUUAAAAUUACUAGUCACCAUAUUCGAUUUAAAAUAUUUGUUUAAGACAUCGAACCAAAAACGUAAUUGAUUAAAUUCAUUCUUAGUCAUGCUUGGUUUGAUAUCUCUAAUCCAAAUGCCAAAGUGCCAGUUGUCAAUGAUACUGUUUAUGCUAAAAUAUUGACUCUCUAAGAUCUUUCGUAUAGUAGGAUAGCCAAAAAAAUGGUUGAAAGUGUGCAAUAAGAUUAGAAGGUAGGAGAUUUAAAGCCCCCAAAAAAUACUAUUCAAUCAUCACCAUAAACUCAAAAUAGGGUAUAGCAAUAAUAAUCCAAUUAAUCACCAAUAUUGCAAUAGUAACUAAAUUCAAAAUAAACUCUGCAGCCUGUUGCAUAGUAAGGUGGUGAGAGACAGAGCAAUAGAUAAUUGAGUAAUUAAUCAAAUGGGACUAGUCAAAGUGGAGAUCUUUUGGAAGCUUUUGAGAAAUUCGAUUUUAAACCAAAUAAUCUUCACACUCAAUCCUAACCAAUCAGUCAGGCAGAUCUAGAUGUGAACAAUUAAAAUAAUACUAAUUUUUAGAAUUUCCAACAAUUCUAACCAACCAUUUUGUAAAAUGAUUAAGACUAAUUUCAUAUGUCUGGAUUGGAUUCUCGACCAGAAUAGAAUGAUGCUCAGUUUACACAAUUCUAACAAAAACCAUCACAAUAGUAAGCAAAAAAGGGAGAGGAUCUAUUUGAAUUUGAAGUAGAGAAGAAAGUCAAUCCCUAAAAUGAUCAAUCCCAAAAGAGAGAUGGACAAGAUUUGUUUUCAUUCGAUGCUCCAAAUCAAUAGACAUAAUCAUAAUAAUCUAAUGAUUAAUAUGAGGGGUUGACUGAUAAAUAAAUUGUUGAUAUGAGGGUAGAAUAAGCAGCAGAGGGUUUACAAAAGAUCUGGUAAAAUGAGGCAGAUUAUAAUGAGUAAAGACAAUAAGCUAAAGAAGAAAUAGAACCCAAAAUAUUAAAAUGGGCCUAUAAGAAUAACGUAAGAAAUAAUUUAAGAUUGCUACUUUCAACUUUGAAUGAAGUCUUGUGGGAUGGAACAGAUUGGUAAUGUUCAUUUGGUGAUUUGAUGACGGAUGGCAAAGUUAAAUUAAAGUAUCGUCAAGCUUUAUUGAUUGUUCAUCCAGAUAAGCAUAACUAGACUCCUGCAUAAUAGAGAUACAUUGCUGAACGAGUAUUUUACGAACUUAAUUAAGCUUGGAAUGAUGAUAAAAAUAGAAAUUGA